AUGAAACUUUGGAUUCGACGCUGGUAUGGGACGCCUGUCCUGGGAGGGCUGAAGAUUUUUUUUAAUCAUGAUGGUGACCGAGAGAUUAUGAUGGGAAGUGACUCUGAUCUGUCCGAACACCAUGAAUUUCACUUGGAAAAAAAUGAAAGGAUCGUCAAAGUUGAUGUUAAUUCUGGAUGGAUGAUUGACCGCCUCUCCUUUUACACUAACAAGAAAGAUGAAAAUGGUGAUCCUAAAUGUUAUGGUCCUUAUGGAGGGGAUGGUGGAGGAUUCUACACUGAGACUCCACCAGGGUCGUACGGUUUCCUGGCCGGAAUUAGUGCUGCUGUUGUUUACUCACAGGGUGAAGAAGGUAUCACCAGACUUCAGUUUGCAUGGAGGGCAUUUUGA